AUGGCCGAGAUCACGGACCAGCACGACCAGACCUCACCCACCGAGCUCGAAGACGCGCACUCGGUCGGCAACGGCAAUUCUGCUGCCCAAGAAAACCGAGGCAUUAAGCGCGCACGCCAAAGCGCCCCCGAUGAUGAUGACGACGACGACGAGAAGGGCGGCCGCGAACGCCGCAAGAUUGAAAUCAAGUUCAUCAAUGACAAGUCGCGUCGCCACAUCACCUUCUCCAAACGCAAGGCCGGUAUCAUGAAGAAGGCUUACGAGCUAUCCGUCCUCACUGGCACCCAAGUUCUACUACUUGUUGUUUCUGAGACCGGUCUGGUAUACACCUUCACAACGCCCAAGCUCCAGCCCCUGGUCACCAAGGCCGAGGGCAAGAACCUGAUCCAGGCAUGCCUAAAUGCGCCAGAACCUAGCGCUGGCAACGAGAAUGGUGUCGACGAUGGCCAAGUUGACUCGCCCGAGGAGCCGGCAUCCAACAUUCCCCCGCCACAAAGUCGCGCACCCGGCAUCCCAUCGCAGCACAAUCCGCAUGGCAUGCCGCAAUACAACAUGCCAAAUGUAGGCAUGGACCCAUCAGCGAUGGCCUACCAAAGCUAUGUUCAGAGGGGAGGGCCGCAGUACGGUAUGCCACCUCAGUCGGGUAUGCCGCAACACAGCUCUCACCAAUCAUGA